ACACGACCAGUCAUCCGAGCUACCAUUCACGCUUACGACGAAACGCGGGUAGCACGUGGACGUCUAAUAUUAAUGUGAAUACUCGCAUCCAAAACAUCACAGACAGACAGUGUUCCAACCGCAUGGGCUGAUUUCCUUGUGCAGGAUACAUAAAUGUUUAUUCUAAACGAUUGUGGGAAAACAAACAAUGAAUAUAAAUCGCAAGUGGAGAGAAUAUGUGGCAGCAUUCAGUGCUACACUCAUCACAGCUGCCGCCGGUACCACGGUCGGCUGGACUUCCCCUACGUUGCCUCUGCUUCGACGAGACGAUUCUCCCAUAAAAACCUCCGCGGACGAGAGCUCGUGGAUCGCCUCUUUAAUGAUUCUGUCUUCAGCUCUCAGCCCCAUCCCAGCGGCGUACCUUGCAGACAGAAUAGGAAGAAAGCGCACUCUAUUGCUUUCCGCUAUCCCGUACAUAAUAGGUUGGAUCCUGGUGAUGUUAGCAAAGAAUGUGGGUACGAUAUACGCUUCUCGUCUCAUCUCCGGCAUUGGCUACGGUAUCGCUUACACAACAGCGCCCAUGUAUUUAGGAGAAAUUGCCACAAACGAAGUUAGAGGAGCGAUGGCUACUCUUAUAACAGUUAUGUCGAAGCUUGGCAUCUUAUCACAAUACUGCAUCGGGCCAUACGUGUCUAUGCUAGGACUAGCGAGCUUCAAUAUAGCUGUUCCCAUUCUGUUUGUGGUAACAUUUACUGCAAUGCCUGAAUCUCCAUAUUAUUUUAUAAAAACAGGAGACACAAAUAGAGCUGAGAAAUCAUUAAAAAAUCUUAGAGGAAGAAAUUAUAUAAGUGAAGAACUCGACAGCAUGAGUCAUCUUGUUCAUGAAAAUAUGAAAGACAAAAGUCGUUGGAAGGACUUAAUUAUUGUAGGCGGAAAGAAAGGUCUCAUAAUUUCAAGUGGGAUAUAUUUUACUCAACAGUUCUGCGGAAGUACAGCAAUUAUAUCUUAUGCCCAACAAAUAUUUGGGGCUGCAGAAGGUGGCUUAGGUGCAAAGGAAUCAUGUAUAUUGCUUGGAACGGUACAGCUUUUGACUUCGGCAAUAUCAUCACAAUUAGUCGACAGAUUAGGUCGUAAGCCUCUGCUGUUAGUGUCUUCCUGUGGUGUUGGACUCGCAAACAUAAUUAUAGGAGCGUACUUUUAUAUGAAACAUGUAAAUAGUGAAUACGUUGUAUCCUUGAGGUUUAUACCAGUAGUCGUGAUACCAAUAUUUAUAUUUUCAUACACCAUAGGCUUAGCUACGGUACCGUUCGCAAUAACAUCCGAAAUAUUUCCAACAAAUAUCAAAUCCAAAGCAACUUGUAUAAUACAAAUAUUAGUAGCCCUAAUGACCUUUAUUGUUACAAAAUUAUACCAAGUUACUGCCGAUCAUUUAGGACACCAUGUUGCCUUUUGGUGUUUUGGUUUAUUAUCUGUAGGUGGUGUUAUUUUUAUAUUAAUUCUACUCCCAGAGACGAAAGGCCAAUCUUUCGCUGCUAUACAAGAAAAAUUAUAUAAAAACGAGAAAGUUAUAUACGAGAAACGAGAAGAUCAUUCUGCUAAUGUUAGAAUAUUGUCAAAAUAAAUCUGAUAAGUUAUCUUGAUCGUACUUAAAAUUCCGUCCCCCUCAGCCUUAAGUAAACAAUAUGUUAUGUAAUAAGAACGUUUUAAAGAACACAAUGUUAUUGUCCCAAAGUAAUAUAAAGACUAUCAAGACAAAUAUUUUGCAAACACCCGUAAUAAAGCAUCUUUGUCAUCUUACAGAAUUAAUGGACAUUUAAUCGAAUACAAGGGAAUGUAUUAACGCUUAUAGCUUACGUUCGAUCAUAUAGAAUUAUUUUAAUUAAUAAGGUUAAUUCGAACUAAAACUUAAUAUGAACGGUCUUCACCGAUUAAAAUCAACUACAACAUGGCUGUGUCCUUAUUAUUACCUAAAAUAGAAUAUUAAUGCUUUAAAGUGUAUAUUCAGUAAUUACGAUUUUAUUGUGUUAAUAUAUAAUUAAACAAAACUAUUUUAUACAUUUCAAUAAUUGCCUCUAAGUAUUAUUAGUAUACAAAAUCAAUAUACAAAUUUUAAUAAUAGGAUUGAUUUUCCGUGUAUUAUUAUCUAAGGCCCUUGUUUGGUGUUUCAUAUAAUUCCACAAAGCGUUUCAAAAUAAUAUUGUUAUCUAUAUAGCAUGUAAACAGAUUAAAAAAUAUGAAUCUCACGACGCUUUUCAAAAUUACUUAUUAUAUAAUACUUAACGUAAUUUACGUGAUAAAAUGAUUUGUUAUCUUUAAUUGUCGUACUUACUUUAAAUUAUUAAUUUAAAAUGUUUAUCAGUUGUUGGCUUGCUUUAUAGGUAGAUCUAAAAUAGAAAUAUCUAGAGUACAAAUAUAAAUAUAAAACUGCAUAUAUAUACAUAUACGUAUAAGUAUUUAUUAAAAGGUGAUUUGUAUUCUUUAAAUAACUCUAAAUAACAAUACUUUAUAAAAUAUUUACGAAUUUAAAUGUUAUGCAUUCCUGUGCCUUAAAGUUGUGCCAUUUAUAAAUAUUGUUCAAACAUUAUAUUAUACUUACUAAUUUUAUAAAAAAAAAAUGCUAAUAAACUUCUUAAUGGAUAA